ACAACAUUAAUCAUGGAGUGUUCAAUGCAUGUGGUAACACCAAAAACAUUUUCUGAUCAUAUUUGAGUGUGUGUAGUAUUUGGUUUUAGCUUAUUAAGACAAAGACCCCUUUAUGGAGUUUUAUUGACUUUUGCAAGGACAGAAGUAGGUCAAAUAUCAUUAAAUCAAAUCUGUUCCAAAAUAAAAGAUUUCUGAGUGGAUUUUAUAGAUAUUAGAUAUUCGCUUUCCUUAUUUUACGAGAUAACUGAAAAAUUCGGGAGCCUCCCUUGAAAUGUGAAUGCAGGUACAACUGAUUAUCUUUUGUGUGAUUGCGUCGUUUGGUUGUUGUCUUGUGAACGAAUGUCGGAAGCCGUUGUUUUUUAUCCAUAAUAUUAGUGGUUGUGGUUUAAGUAAGUCAAACACUUUUUAAGCAUAGCAAUCUGGGCCCGGUUGUUCAAAAGUGUCGUUAAGCUAACGCAGUCGUUAAAGUGUCGUUAGAGAGUCGUUACAUUUAACAAAUUUGUUAACUGUUGUUCAAAAAAUUUAACGACAAAAGUAAUGUUAAAGAGUCGUUAACUUUAACAACUUCUGGUAGGUCGAUUAAAUAUCUAAGUUAUUGUUAAAUAUGGCCGCCUUCAUGCAAGUACCUGUUCCACCUCACAGAAAAGAAAGGCAUUUUCGCCUCAAAGAUGACCUUUCUUUGGAUUUGUCAAAUGAGGAAUUAAGAGAAAGGUACAGAUUUGGUAGAGAAGGAAUUAUGUUCAUUUCCAACCUAGUUAGCAAUGAUGUAUCAAGAAAAACAAAGAGAAACCAUGCCCUAACUGUGCCACAGCAAGUCAUGGUAACCAUGAGAUUUUUAGCCACAGGCAGUUUCUUGCAAGUAGUUGGAGACACAAUAGGUUUGCACAAGGGAACUGUCUCACGUAUUGUGUCUGAUGUUUUGAAUUCAUUAUGUGACAAACGGGAUGAGUUUAUCAAGUGGCCGAGAAAUGUUGAUGAAACAAGAGGAGAUUUUUACCGUCUAAGUGGUUUCCCAAAUGUGCUAGGGGCAAUAGAUGGGACACACGUCUGUAUCCAGGCUCCAUCAGAAGAUGAACCAUCAUUCGUGAAUAGGAAAGGGGUACAUUCUGUCAAUGUGCAGCCUGUUUGUGAUGCCAGAGGUAAAUUCACAAACAUAAAUGCAAACUGGCCAGGUAGCAGUCAUGAUUCCCACAUAUUCAGGACUUCACAAGUGUGUACCUACAUGGAACAAAAUGGUGGAUGGGCAAAUGGUGUACUGCUUGGGGAUAGUGGUUAUCCUUGUCGUCCAUUUUUGAUGACCCCAUACAAGAAUCCUGUACAAGAUCAUCAGAAAAAGUACAAUAGAUGCCACUGUUCAACAAGAAGUGUGAUUGAGAGAACAUUUGGGAGGCUGAAGAGACGGUUCCAUAUAUUACACUCAGAGAUAAGAAUGACACCUGGCAAGGCAUGCAAAAUAAUAAUUGCUUGUGCUAUUCUCCACAAUAUAUGCAUUUUGUUGAAUGAACCUGACAUUGAAGAUGACGGAGUAAUUGUAGGCAAUGAUGGUGAUCUUGGGGAACAUUUCAAUGGUCAUCAAGAUGGAAGAGCUGCAACUCAUACACAUCAUCUACAGUUCUCUUAG